CGAAUGCGAAAAGGAAAACAAAAACUCAGGAGCUCUCCAGCUGUGUUUUUUUCGCGUUCAAAAGAAAACAAAACGGAACUCGAUACCAGCGACGAGUGGUGGGCACCUAUAAAUUGCGUGCUGACACGGACGAUUCCCUUUCCAUUCGCAAGGUCACCUCACCGGUGUGCGGAUCUUUCCCAAAAAAGGACAUCUUUCGGAUGGUGCAUUACGUAAGCGCCGGUACAAGAAUGUCUCGGCUGCAGUUGCUGUUGGCGCUGUUGCUCAACGUGGGCACGGGGACGCAACGGGUGGAGGCCGCCGGGGACCUUCCGGUGAGCAACAUUCCGGUGUACAGCGAUGGGAUCUACUUUGAGCAGUUGAAGCCGGUCAAGAUACAGAUUAGCACGUGGACGCUGCAGGCGGAGUACGAGCUGCAGGAGUUUAUCGAAGAAAUAAUGGUGGCGAAUAGUAGCGUUAGCAAGCUGAUUUUGGCCUGCCGGGAGAUGCAAAAAAAGUUUCCGGAUAGUUGUGAGAGUAUUGGAAACAUAGUGGAGCUGACGAAGGAGUUGGGCGAUUUUCAGAGUUUGCUGCAGAGCUUUUGCGAGGAGGGGAAGACGAGGAGCAAGAGGGGGAUUUUGAAGAGUUGGUUUGGGCUGAUGGACGACGUGGAUCGGGAUGAGAUCGAUGGGAAUUUCAAGCGGGUUGAUACGCAGAUUGAAACGCAAUCGUCGACGAUCGAGCACUUUUUCAACAGUACGAACAAGGCGAUUGCGGUGCUGAGUGGGAACAUGUUCCAGGUGGAUCCGAAGAAGCCCGGGACGAUCGAUUACAGCCGGGAGGGGCAGCUGCUGAUGAUGGACAUUCUGUUGAAUAAGAUUAUCAGGAAGAAGGAGCUGUUUAUGAAGCUGCUGCAAGCGUCCAGCAGUGUAACGUUGAGCGACGACAUCGUAAGUCCGAAGCGUUUGUUGCUGGAGUUGGAAAAGUUGCAGAAACAGUAUCUGCCGGAGGACUUUACCUUUCCGGUUCGGCUGGUGCUGCGCGAUGUGUUAAAGAUGUACCCGCUGUCGAAGGUGGUAGCGUUCGUGGACGGUUGUAAAAUGAAGGUGAGCAUUUUGUUGCCUCUCGUGAAUAACGUAGAUUACACCACGUUGAAGGGAACGAGCGUGCCCACCAUUCGGGACGGAAUUAUGAAGAUGUACCCGUUGGAAAACGACGUUCUGGUGCACAACAAGGAGCACCACCUGGGGAUGGUCAUGACCUACGAUGAGUACAAAAGUUGCAACCAUUUGAACGAUUUCGCGCUCUGCAACACGCACCACUUGAUGAGAAACCUGUCCACGGCCGAGGAUUGCAUCGUUGCGACGUACUUCAACAGGACAAACUACGACUCGGAUUGUCGAGUUAACCGGCUACAGUUGCGCCAUCAAAUCUGGAUUCAGUUGGCCGAUCCGAAUCGCUGGAUCUACGCCGUCCCCAAUCGCACGAUGGUCGAAGUAAACUACGGACUCAACAAUCGGCGCAGCAUCGAACUUGGCGGCGUUGGAAUGCUCCAGCUGAUGAGAAUGUGCCACGUCCGAUCGCAGGACAUCAUCCUCCAGUACGUGCCACAGCUGCACGGCACGAUCGACUCGCGAUCGCUCGGGUACCAGCUCCCAGCCGUGGUGACGCGCGAUCAACCGCGCAUAAUUUCCGCCAGCGACAACAACAAAGUCAUUUUGGCCGGUAAAAACACGGAAAAUGCCCUGCAGGAAGUGACGCACGUGGCCGGAAUCCACUACGAGCAGGCCGGCUUUUCGCCGUGGGCCAUCGUUGGCAUUGCGUUUGGCGUGUUCACCGCCGUUGCCAUCUUCGUUUCGACCUACGUCAAGUUCUACAAUGCGAAGCGCCGUGAGAACGGGAACUUGGACAUGGGCUAUGCGGCGCCCGGAUCGCCAAACACCUCGCAGCAGCCGAUUCUGCCGAACGGAGACCCGCAACCGACGGCGCCACCGCUGGGCUUCUUCCACAGGCCGUGAAGAGUGCGGGGGCAAUAUUUUUAAAACCAGUGCCUUGAGUUUUGUUUUGUGAUUUGGUUUGAUUAUUCGAAUGGGCUGUGCCACAAUUUUUAUGCUAACCUUAAUUUUAGAGUCUAAGCAGCGGAACUAUUCUACCUGCUUUAAAAAAAAGAGGGAUUGUUAAGACAGAGAUAUUUUACUAACCACACAUCAUUCAGACUUUACUGGAAUGGAACAAAGACUAGCUGAUAAGAUAGUGCCGAGCGAAAUUAUUUUCACCUUUCGCACAAAACCGCGUUUACCGAGAGUUACUCACCGAACAAGAUUGAAAUAAAAUAAACUGCGAAAUAAAAUCAA